UUUCAGAAUUUUGGGGGGGUGAUGGGCUGGCCUUUUUUGUUCCGCUGCAAAAAUCCUGCCAGAACACUGAGUAGGGGUAACCACAGCGUCAAUAAGCCCCCAACUCCGCCGUCAACCGGCUGCUGCAGGACGCCGCGGCGGGAACACUGAGCCUGGACCAGCAUCGCUCUCCUCCUCCGCCGUUGGAACCUCCACAGGGUCAGCGGGCAACAACAGCAGCUGGCAGCUAUCGUCGUUAGCCUCAACUCGUUUUUCGGGUCUGGGGGUUCUGGAAGGGGCAGGGGGCGGGGGUCUACCGAGACGGGUGAAGACAACACGCCGAGAGGAGGAGGGGGCUGGAAGUCUGAGGCUCUUCCAGCUUGAAGGGGCCGGCGGUUUGGCCACAGCACCCUGGAAUAGCUAGCCCGUACCCGAGCCGCUAAGUGAAUGGGAUGGAGCCGGGACCGUCUGGCGCUGUGCCCAUGGGGGUCUUCCCCCCACCCCUGCAGCAGGUGUUCCAUGCCCCGCGCCGGCCGGGCAUGGGCACCGUGGGCAAGCCCAUCAAGCUGCUGGCCAACUACUUUGAGGUGGAGAUUCCAAAGAUGGACGUCUACCACUACGAGGUGGACAUCAAGCCUGACAAGUGCCCGAGGCGUGUUAACAGGGAGGUGGUCGAGUAUAUGGUCCAACAUUUCAAGCCCCAGCUUUUUGGUGACAGGAAGCCAGUGUACGACGGCAAGAAGAACAUCUACACGGUGCUAGCGCUUCCUAUCGGUAGUGAAAAGGUGGAUUUUGAAGUCACAAUCCCUGGUGAAGGGAAGGACAGAAUAUUUAAGGUUUCCAUCCGUUGGCUGGCUAAAGUGUCAUGGCGACUGCUGCAAGAAACCCUGGUUAGUGGGCGACUGCAGGUUCCUCUUGACUCAGUUCAAGCUUUGGAUGUGGCCAUGCGUCACCUGGCCUCUAUGAGGUACACUCCAGUGGGCCGUUCAUUCUUCUCCCCACCUGAGGGAUACUAUCACCCACUGGGUGGUGGGAGGGAAGUGUGGUUCGGCUUCCAUCAGUCCGUGCGACCUGCCAUGUGGAAGAUGAUGCUAAACAUUGAUGUGUCCGCAACUGCAUUUUACAAAGCGCAGCCUGUGAUUGAAUUCAUGUGCGAGGUGUUGGAUAUCCGCAAUAUUGAUGAGCAGCCCAAAACUCUCACCGAUUCACAAAGGGUCCGGUUUACCAAGGAGAUUAAAGGCCUGAAGGUGGAGGUGACUCACUGCGGCCAAAUGAAGAGAAAAUACCGCGUAUGCAAUGUCACCCGACGUCCUGCAAGUCACCAAACGUUUCCCUUACAACUGGAGAGCGGACAGACAGUAGAAUGUACAGUGGCCCAGUACUUCAAGCAGAAGUACAACCUGCAGCUAAAAUAUCCUCACCUGCCUUGCCUACAGGUGGGGCAGGAGCAGAAGCACACUUACCUGCCCCUGGAGGUUUGCAACAUCGUAGCGGGUCAAAGGUGCAUCAAGAAGCUGACAGAUAAUCAGACAUCCACGAUGAUCAAAGCAACGGCGCGCUCCGCGCCCGACCGGCAAGAGGAGAUCAGCAGGCUGAUGAAGAAUGCCAACUUCAAUCUGGAUCCGUACAUCCAGGAGUUUGGGAUCAAAGUCAAAGACGACAUGGCUGAAGUGACGGGCCGGGUGCUCCCGGCUCCCAUACUUCAGUACGGAGGACGGAACCGUGCCAUAGCCACCCCAAAUCAAGGAGUUUGGGACAUGCGGGGGAAGCAGUUUUACAACGGCAUUGAGAUCAAAGUCUGGGCCAUCGCCUGCUUCGCCCCGCAGAAACAGUGCAGAGAAGAAGUGCUCAAAAACUUCACAGACCAGCUGCGUAAGAUCUCAAAGGAUGCUGGGAUGCCAAUCCAGGGGCAGCCAUGUUUCUGCAAAUACGCACAGGGAGCCGACAGUGUGGAGCCAAUGUUCAGGCACCUGAAGAACACGUACUCGGGACUGCAGCUCAUCAUCGUCAUCUUGCCGGGGAAAACGCCUGUAUAUGCGGAAGUGAAGCGUGUCGGCGACACACUCUUGGGCAUGGCCACUCAGUGUGUCCAGGUGAAGAACGUGGUGAAGACAUCUCCUCAAACUCUUUCCAACCUCUGUCUCAAGAUCAAUGUGAAACUGGGAGGCAUCAACAACAUUCUGGUUCCUCACCAAAGGUCUGCUGUGUUUCAGCAGCCAGUUAUCUUCCUGGGUGCAGAUGUCACGCACCCCCCUGCUGGAGAUGGCAAGAAGCCCUCCAUUACUGCUGUGGUAGGCAGUAUGGACGCCCAUCCCAGCAGAUACUGCGCCACAGUCAGAGUCCAGCGACCGCGGCAGGAGAUCAUCGAGGAUCUAUCUUACAUGGUGCGAGAGCUGCUGAUUCAGUUUUACAAGUCGACUCGCUUCAAACCCACUCGAAUCAUUUUCUACCGGGACGGGGUACCCGAGGGACAGCUGCCACAGAUUCUCCAUUACGAGCUGUUGGCCAUCAGAGACGCGUGUAUCAAGCUGGAGAAGGAUUAUCAGCCUGGCAUCACCUACAUCGUGGUGCAGAAACGCCACCACACACGCCUCUUCUGCGCCGAUAAGUCUGAGCGGAUUGGAAAGAGUGGGAAUAUUCCUGCAGGGACCACAGUGGACACCAGCAUAACUCAUCCCUUUGAGUUUGACUUCUACCUGUGCAGCCAUGCAGGGAUACAGGGCACGAGUCGACCGUCUCACUACUACGUCCUGUGGGAUGACAAUCGCUUCACAGCCGACGAGUUGCAGAUACUUACCUACCAGUUGUGCCACACAUACGUGCGUUGUACUCGCUCAGUGUCCAUCCCUGCACCAGCAUACUAUGCCCGUCUCGUGGCCUUCCGUGCACGCUACCAUCUGGUGGACAAAGAACAUGAUAGUGGAGAGGGCAGCCAUGUAUCGGGUCAGAGUAAUGGCCGGGACCCUCAAGCGUUGGCCAAAGCUGUUCAAAUUCACCACGACACCCUGAGGACCAUGUACUUCGCCUGAGCGACAACCAACAAUUGCCAACGUCGUUCCUCCCACUCCAUUCUUCCACCUGAGUGGGCGGAGAGCCCACGACCACCUCAUCCUCAUCCCUUAUCCCCAAAGACUACCCACUAAUCAUCAUCCACCACCAAGAAUCAGCCCUUCAUCUGUAUAACAUGUACAGACUCUACAGCCUCAUGCACUCAAAAGGUUACACAUUUUAAUGUUAUUAUUAUUAUUAUUGUCUUUUUUAUUACGUUACCGGGACAUCUGUUCUUGUUUCACGUUGAUAUUAUAUUAUUAUUGUAUUGUGCGCUACCUGAAUACACCUAAAUAUGAACGUAUGCAAUACCGUCGGUGUUAAAAUUGGCAACAAAACAAUUAUUUUGUACCACGAAGCUGCCUCUUUACCCAUCCGAAAACCGGAUGCCAGUGUUCAAGACCCUCUAAACGGGUGUCUCCAGCGCAGCAGUACUUGCAUGCACACAUUAAUGUUGUUUUGUUUUGGGUUUUUUUUUUGUUUGUUUUUUUACAUUUUCCUUAAAGAGUCUGAGGUAUGGUACUUUAGCACUUAGCGAUAGCAUGUAGGUGCCACCAGUGCUGCACAUUUGUUAGUCCAAGUGAGGCGUGUGUCUUAUAUUAGCAGCUGAGGCAGGGAGAGAAGAGGCAGGUGUAGCAUAUCGUAGUUACAUGAGUGAAAUCCUGCCACGCUCUGAGCUGGCCCGCUAGUUGUAUGGCCAUUAGAAGCUGGCUUAGAAAGAGUCCAGAGACCAGUGUAGAGGAUACUUGCACCCCAUGCACCUAAACCAGCAUUAUUAACCAGCCAAACGUUACGUUGAAAAGGGGCACUUGAACAGGACUUAUUUUUUAAUUGUCUUUUGUUAUAUCUCUCUGUAUGCAUUGCUCUUUAUGAUUUGAAAGGCACUUUUUAUUUACUCAAUGGUUUAUUGUCUAUGGGUGAUAUAGUCUGUUAUAAGGCUGGUUAUGUGUCGUCACUUUCUCCGGUCAAAGGAAAGGUCGACUCCCUCUUUAAAUGCAGGCCGGUUUGUGUUCACUCAAGUGCUGCAAAACUGAACUUCCGUCAGCGUGCUAAUGCACAUUCCAGCAUCUGUAGAUGGGGAUCAACACUAUACAGCGUCUUCUUCUUCGCAUAUCAAGUUGAUGGAAGCGCUCACCUCUGCAGGCAGAUACACACCCAGCCUGAACAGCAGAAGCACACACAGUCCUCUCACUCCAUCUCCUCUUGUCCUCACGUUGUUUUGAGGCUGUAGUGACGUCAGUCCAUGCAAAGCCAUUGCAUCACCUUCACUCACAGCGUCUCUCUGCCCCAAUCCCCUAGCUUGUGUCAGCCAUCCCUAUUGGUGCUCUGUGUGCAUGGGCGGCACAGGUAGGGGGUUGCUAUAUUGGACAGGGUGGGCCACUUUGCUGUUAGUUAAUAUUCCCUGCCGUUACAUAUAGUCACUUUCUGGAGUUAUGAAAAAAAAUGCAUGUAGUUAUAUAUUUUUAUGACUGGAUAUUCUGAGCCACCUUAUUUCUGGUUUCUUAUUAGAGGUAGGAGCCCCGUGCUCACCACUGCCUGUCAUUCGUAUUGCCUUGAUUGUGUAAUGGUUAUAAAAAAAAAAAAUACUGCUUUUUAUUCAUUGUCAUGAUAAUUAUGAAUAGUGUGACUUGUGUCAGAGUGUAUCCUCAAGAGGGCACUGUGAAGACGGUCUCAAAUAUUCCACCUCACUUGACCUGAAAGCGCCUCAAAUCUCGUCUGAUGGUUGAAACCCUUUGCAUCUAAAGGGAUGGAAAAAAAAUAAAAAUCGGACAGAGCUGAAUUUUUAAAACCCGACAACGAUCUUGCAUAAUCAAAAGAAGAAAGAAAAAGCCUUUGUACACCAUUUUACGGAUCAUUCAUCAUGUCCGAGGUGAUUUGUAUAUAUAGAUAUGAUAUUAAUCUGUUAUGUAUUCGGCACACAAGUUGCUGGGCCUUUCACAGUUGGGGCAUCUGUUUUCUCCCCUGAUUCUGUGCUGAAAAAAAAUGAUUUUAGAAAGAAAUUCUCUAGAUGCAGUUCCUCACUCACGGAAGCCACAAAGCACCUUGCAAAAAGAGGGUGAGGAGAGAACGGCAGUCGGCCUGGAGGACGAUCAUGUUGGAGAGUCUGCUGCACUCCUCUCCUCACUCCACACUGUCUGACGAAAGCAAUACCUAAGCCACUGAUCAAGAACAGUCCUUAUCAUAGCACUUCCCAAUAAAUGUAAGGACAUGAAACAUAAGUUUGGCUCUGUAUGUUAUAGUAUGGAAAGUCUGUUGG